AUUUUAGCGAACACUUUAUAAUAUCGAUUAGCGUGUGCUAGCUUGUCAAAUAGUUUAUCAAACAUGACCCGAUUUUUAUGAAUGUAUGAACCGUUGAGGUUAUCUUUCCACUUAAACCCAGCUAUUACUGAAUCAUCUUCAACCAUCAUCAUCAACAAAAGAGUAGAGAGAGAAAGAGAAACCUAUUUAAUAACCAUUAGUCAACUCUCGAGCAGCAGCAAUUUAUUCCAUGAAUUCGAUUUAAUCCCCACGAGCACCACCGCCACCACAUAAUCAAUAAAUACCAAAAUCCCACCAAACUCCGAUGUGUAUCUGAUUCGCCGGCUGCCCACAACUUCUCCAACCAUGGGCUGGGGGAAUGUGUUCUUCACGGCGAUCCUCACUUUCUCGGCGGCGCUCAUCACCUACAACAUCAUCAUCUCCGCCAACGCCUCUCUCCAGCAGGGCUUUCCCGGCCAUUCCUCCUCAUCAUCCCAGAAAUCGGGCUCGUCCUCCUCGGUGGACCCCAUUAUCCGGCUGCCCAGAUCCUCCGGCGGGAAGAGGAGGCGCUUCCACACCGCCGUCACAGCCUCCGACUCGAUCUACAACACGUGGCAGUGCCGGGUGAUGUACUACUGGUUCAAGAAGCAGAAAGCCAUGAAUCCAGAUUCCGAGAUGGGGGGAUUUACUAGGGUUUUGCACUCCGGGCAGCCGGACCGGUUCAUGGACGAGAUCCCCACCUUCGUUGCCCAGCCCCUGCCCGAUGGGAUGGAUCAGGGGUACAUAGUCCUGAACAGACCUUGGGCCUUUGUGCAGUGGCUUCAGCAAGCAGAGAUUGAGGAAGACUACAUAUUCAUGUCUGAGCCAGACCACAUUCUGGUCAAGCCCAUACCGAACUUAGCGAGAGAUGACAUGGGAGCUGCAUUCCAUUUCUUCUACAUCGAGCCAAAGAAAUACGAGAAUGUGCUGCGGAAAUUCUUCCCUGAGGAAAAUGGACCAAUAACUAACAUUGAUCCCAUUGGGAAUUCCCCUGUAAUAGUACGAAAGGAUUCUCUGAAAAAGAUAGCUCCCACUUGGAUGAACGUGUCCUUGGCUAUGAAGAAGGAUCCCGAGGCAGAUAAAGCUUUCGGAUGGGUUCUUGAGAUGUAUGGAUAUGCAGUUGCAUCAGCAUUACAUGGUGUGAGUAACAUCUUGUACAAGGACUUCAUGAUUCAGCCUCCUUGGGACACCACAACCAGCAAGACCUACAUAAUUCAUUAUACUUAUGGAUGCGACUAUGAUUUGCAGGGUAAGAUGACUUAUGGAAAGAUUGGAGAGUGGAGAUUUGACAAAAGAUCAUAUGACGAUAUCUGGCCUCCAAAAAACCUUUCUUUGCCGCCUCCUGGUGUUCCAGAAAGUGUGGUUACAUUGGUGAAGAUGGUGAAUGAGGCCACUGCCAAUAUUCCAAACUGGGGUUCUUAGGCUUGUAGUCUCAGUGUUCCCUGCACACAAUUGUCACAGUUAUAACUCGCUUUUGUAGAUUUUACCAAAAAGGAUAGGAACUCAUUCCUCGCGAGAACCGAAUGCGUGCUGCCAUUGGUUUUUCAGCUCAAAUACUUCACUUGUUUAAGUUGUAUUUAGAACUCUAUUGGAUUUCUUAUUUACUAAACAUAUCAAUGGCGGUGGUGAUUUGGGACAUGUAUAUCAUGAAGAGAAAUAACAUCAUCCUCUACACUACAGAACUAUCUUUUCCAGAGCUAAAGUUAAUGUGUUGCUCCAGUAAAAUGGAGAUUAUAGUUUAUUUUCAUUAAUUUGUUUCAUUUUUAUUCAUUUUUGUACUAUUACAAUUGUUUGUUUGUUUCUUGUUCGUCUUAUUUAUAUGACCAGUGGUUAUCAUCCAUGAAAUCAUGCCUUACUAAUCCUUACUGUUGAAAGGAAUCUAUUUAUGUUGAGACUGCCACUCUCCAAGGCACAUUUUGC